AUGAGCAAAAGUAAUAGUCUGUCAAGCUUGUUACAGAAUCAAGUCAAUGAUUUAUCAGAAUCUCAGAAACAGCAAUAUCUACAUGAGGCUAAACAAGGUGUAGUGGUCCCAGCACUGGCAGAACAGAAAUUUGGGGAGUUGGGAGAAGAGAAUGAUCUGUCUGAGAUCCCUCACAUAAAGAGAAUGCCAAUAAAGACUCUGAAGCCUGCAGAUCCACAUACUUUACUUGGCUACUGGCAAAGAUCAGAGACUGAGUUCCUACUGAGUUUAAAGGAUAAUCCUGACCGUCCCAGCAGUAUUAUGAGAUUUAUUGAAGCAUUUUGGUCAUCUGAAGACACAGAAUAUCAGCUGAAUGCUCAAGGAGUGAAAGCUAGCCUAGGCAGGAGGAUUUGUCUCGUUUGUGAGUAUAUUGAAGGUGCCACUCUCUGCCAAAUGUUACUCCGUGAGGAGCCUACCAUGAGGCGGGGAAAGAAGAUCCAUAAUUUUCCAAUGAAAGAUAAACAAGAUGUAAAAUCCAUCCUGAGACAAGUCCUAACUGGCCUUAGUUUCCUAUGUGACAAUCGGAUUCUGACAACUGCUAUAAGGCUAGAAAAUAUUAUGGUAAUAAGGAAUAAAAGGCGCAACACGCUACUGGUAAAGAUCAUUGACUUUGGAUUUGUAACACGUGAUCCUACUUAUGGUGACGCGGCGGUCUGCGGUACACCUCUAUACUUUCCUCCUGAGAUUGCUGUGGGUACGAAUGAAAAUUGGAUUACAACUCACAAGACAGACAUGUGGGCACUUGGUGUUGUAUUCUGGGAAAUGAUACAUGGUUCUGAUACAUUCCCAAUCGACGUAAUGGUUUGGCCGACAGCCCAGGACCAUUACCUGAAGAAAAAAGGGUGA